AGGAGGAUGGAAGGAUCUGGAGCCACGCACCUGUGGUGCACCUGUGUCACGCGCCGCUGAUCUUCCAACUACACUCCAUUUGACCAUAAACCACACAAUGCCUCGUUUUCCUUCUCCAACUAUGUUUCGCAAUGAGGGACCAUACAGUUGCCCGUCCCCUUCUCCAACUACGCCUCUCCCAAUCAGGAGCCACACAAUCUCCGUUGCCCUUCUUCGAGCUCAGCAACAGCGGUGGGGCGGGCGUAACAGAAUCACAGACUUGCUCAGUUGCUCUAUCGUAUUUCGCGAUGCAAUUGACAGCGAGGACUAGCGACGCCUACCUGAGUGGUGUUGCAUCACAAGGUUUGACAGGCGUACGCUAGAAGCUUUGAGUCUGGAUUGUCGUAUAGAUAUUUCCAAGUCAUUAUCAAAAUCGAUCAAGC